AUGGGGGUAGCGUACAGGAAUCUGCGGUGGCUCUAUCUCAGUGUCUUCGUGAUCAUGCCCCUGGACUUCAAUUCCAUGAACAUCAUGGAGGCCAUCAUUAGAAAUAGCCCAAAUAGAGACAUCAUCAAGGCAGGUCUGGGGAGUUUCCUGAACAAGAAGAUCCAUGACAGCGCCACCGUGGAUGAUAUCGUGAAGGAAUGUGGCAAGAGGAAUGGCGGUAGCGCACAGGAAUCUGCGCCAAAUAGAGACAUCAUCAAGGCAGGUCUGACGAGUUUCUUGAACAAGAAGAUCCAUGACAGCGCUACUGUGGAUAUCGUGAAGGAGUGUGGCCAAGAGGAAUGGGGCCAGAAUGGAGACAUCAUCGAGGAAGGUCUGAGGAGUUUCUUGAACAAGAAGAUCCAUAACAGCGCUACCGUGAAUGAUAUCGUAAAGAAGUGUGCCAUAGAAAUAACGGAGAAAUCUGCGCUGGCUCUUGGUGUCUUUGUAAUCAUGCCCCGUAGACAAGAAAUAUACGAAUUCUUUUUUAAUUUUCUUGAUAUAAUUUCAUAUCUCCCACUUUUUGAACCCAGAAUUCCCAGUACAUUGGCCAGAGUGGUCACAGCUGAUGAGGCCAGGCAUGAAAGAAUCGAGAAAAUCAAGAAAGCUCACGAUGAAUGCCAAGCUGACCCAGUCACCAAGGCAGAUGAAGAUGUAAUGUCAAAAUUCUUCAAAGACGAACCAAUCGAUGAAACCAAGUUUGCUAAGCACGCCCUGUGCAUGAACGUCAAAUCGGGAAUCCAGAAAGAAAAUGGCGAUAUCGACAAGGACGUUGUGAAGAUAUUAUUCAGCAACAACGAGAAGGUGGAUGAGAUUGUUGUAGAGUGUGGAGAGAAGAAAGGUAGCACCGUUGAAGAGGCUGCACUUGCCCUGUACAAAUGUUUCAGGAAAUAUGACUAUGGACAUGAACACCAUCAUCAUCAUUGAGUUGAUCCAGAUCGGAAAAUAUAAAUAUAUCUGAUAUACUAUUUUGCGUCGACUUUUAUUUUUGUUUCAAU